AUGGCUUAUAUAUCUAGAAUAGUUUUUAUUUUAGCUGUAACUUCAGCUGUGCGGGUACAUGAUGAUUUAGAGUCUUCAGAUCCUCAUGAAGUCAUGAUAGCACAGGAGUCUAGAAGCUACCAUACGUUCGUUACACCACCAGUUCGAAUUAUAAAACCGUCUGGAGUGAUUAACUCUCAUCGACCACAGUACAACUUGGAUUCUUUGGAAGAAGAUCUGGCCAAAUUAGAUGUCGAUAAUUUCUUCGAAGCGACAACAAGAAAGAGUUUAUAUAAAACAUAUAAUUACCAGAAUUCAAGAAAUAAGGAGAGCAUAAUUAGAGAUGCGGUUUUACGAGCGUUGGAGAGAAAAGAUCAUGUUGGAAAAUUCGCUCAAAUUCUCCCUAUUAUUCGAGCAAUGUCGGGAAGUCAAAGGGUUGCACUAGCGUCGUUGGUCGCCAGUCAAGUCAGCAUCCCACCGGGAAGGGAGCCUCUCAAUCUCUCACAGGUGAGAUCGAUGUUUGGUAACGAAAAUAAUUCUACCACAGAAUUAAUGCUGCCAAUAUUAUUAGACAUGGCGAAUCUGAUACGACGCGCCAUCAGACCGGGCAAGGAGCAGAGAGAUGUAAAAUUACCACUAACAUUGCCACAAACAGAAUAUCUCAGACGUUCAUUCAUUGACGAUACAUCACAGAGCGACGAAUUCGAUCCUGGCGUUGAAGAAUUUCAACCAAAAACAGAAACAACUAAAGCACCAUUGACUUUCAAGAAUCGAAACACAAGAACCAGACCUCAAACAAGUGAAACUACAAAUAAAUUUAAUAAAUUAGGAGCCAAAAAUACUACACAAGAUAAAACAACAGACAAUUCAACACUAAACACUAAAGACGAUUCAAAUGUUACUUUAGUGAAUAAGAAAGAAGAUAAUAAUAACGCGACAUCAUCAACAACGCAACAAAGUCGGCAGGCAUUCGCUAGAAGCAGGUCAAUGAAUCUCGCUGACAACGCCACCCUCGACCUUACAGCGGACUCCACCAACCAAUCGCUGCACGAACUGCCUGUCGCCGAAAAACUACGGUCACUUAACAGAUAUAUUGAUAGGAAAGGGAACGUAAUACGACGUGCAACAUUCUCCCCCAAAUCGCCACCUCGCCGCACUACCGUCGAGCCUCUGAGUAGGAGAAGACCGUUCCCCUCCAGGAAGCCAGUCACAGCGGAGAGCAAAUGCGAAAUGUUCACAAACAACGUCUGUCUCCACUAUGAUGAUUAUCCUACGGAAGCUAUAAUUCAGUCGAUUCGGCGUAAUAAGGCAGCUGGUGCGUUACUUGCUGACGUGAAAGACCCGGGUGAGGGCGCCGUAGAUGGCAUAACUCAAGCGCAAGAGGCCAAGUACACCGCAGAUCAUUACCUCGUCUCAAACAGGCGAGGUGACACCGCUAACAGAGACUUCGCGAGCGCGGGCGAGGCUGGCUUCAUGUGCCCCAGUACCGUAAAGUACGCGAGACCUCAGCGGGCGCGCGCAACUUCAGGCCAAUGGAAGUUUAUCGUCAAUACUGGAGAACAUACACAAACACUGCGACUUGAAAAAUGCCUAAAACCAAAAGAAUCUUGCACAUAUCUGACAGAUAACUUCAAAUCAAAAUGUGUGCAAGUUUAUAAUUAUCAUAGACUCUUGACUUGGGACCAACAAAAUGGUUUACACAUGGACAUAUUCAAGGUCCCAACGUGUUGUUCUUGUCAUAUUGAAGGUUACAGCGUUUCGUUCCCGCCACUAGGUCAUAGAAUACACGAGACUUCCUCCGAACAUUUUCCCGGCGAAGAUUUAUCCCCAGAACAAGGCAAUCAGGCAUUCGAAGCUGUCCAAUCAACAAUACAUAAACCAGCUCUUUCGAAAGUACCAAAUUUCUCCUUUAAUAAACCCAUUGAUACCUUUCCCCCGCUUAAUGAAAACCAAAAUUCAAUACCAGGACCUCUAUUUUCGGAUGUAGUAAAUGACGACGAUGAGUUUAAUAAUGUACCAUCACACGGUCUGCAGGAUUCUUACGGUAAUGCAUAUUUCACGGAUUCAUUAAAUCAACCUAGUUCUGUAAGAAAUGUAAGAAAACCUUCAAUAAGUCGAUAUCCACUUGGAGGGUCUGGUUUUAAUACAGCAACAUUACCAAGUUUCUUAGAACCUCCUACGCCUGGAUUGUCUUCAUUUUCUUAUUCUAAAGAUUCUUCAAAUAAGUACAAAACCACUGACAACUUAUUCAAAAGAGGAAUUUCAAGACAAAACUACAGGCCGCUAAGAAAAAAAAUAACAGAAGCUUCCGAUGACUUGUUAUCCUCUGGAACCUCUGUAGUCAGUACGUUGUCUGAUGAUAAUAUAGACAAUGAAGAUGAUUUCAUAGAUCAACAAAGUGAUAUAAGGAAAACUAACUUAAAUACAAAUGUAAAAGUUACAAUAUCACCCAAGUUAUACGGAUUUAGUACAGCAAAACCAUUAAUUAGUUCUAUAAGACCCAAUGAACAAAAUCAAUUAACAAGGGAAGAAAUUCUUUUGAACGGUAAAAGAAUAAAUUAUAACUAUCAUCCUAUAAUCGACUUUUUUGAGGAUGACGAAAAGGAUGGAAACGAAUCAAUAGAUAGAGAAGAUAUUGUUCCAGAAUUUAUACCGUCUACAGAAUCAGAAUGGAAGCCAUUGAACCGACCUAUCUCUACUACAUGA